AUAUUAUUACUCAUGCCCUCUCAAAAACUGUAUCAUCAUAGUGACCCUCCAUAUACCUACCGUAUCAGCGAGUCUCCACAUAAGAGCUAAUCUGUGCACCCAGCCUCAGUCAUUGGCUAGCUACGAGCCAAGCAGGCAGUCCUCAGUAUAGUGUAGCCAGCAUGUCAGCCGACAAAGUCUUCCACUCCCGUUCCGAGGGUAUCCCGUCAGAGGGUGUCCGCGACCAGUACGCGGAUGGCAAAGCGGCCAGGAUCUGGAAGAAAUUCAUCGGAGACAGCAACCAGAGGACCCAGAACUACAAGGACUUCCUCACGGGACUGCUGAGGCAGCAUGGAUGCGAGAGGGUGCUGGAUGCCGCCUGUGGAACUGGGAUAGACUCGAUGAUGUUGGUGGACGAAGGGUUCAAAGUAGUUUCUGUGGACGCGUCGGACAAAAUGUUGAAGCACGCACUCAAAGCAAGAUGGGAGAAAAGGAAAAACCCUAAAUACGACGAAUGGGUGAUCGAGGAAGCCAACUGGGAAACCUUACACAGGGACAUCCAGUCUUUCCUACCCAACGUUCAGCUGGACGCAGUCAUAUGCCUCGGCAACUCCUUUGCUCACUUGCUGAGCGAGUCCGGAGACCAGAGCGAGCAGAAGACGGCUCUGAGCAACUUCGCCAAGUGCCUGAAGCCCGGCGGUCUGCUGUUCAUCGACCACAGGAACUACGACGCCAUGAUCGACAGUGGCGCCACGCCCGGCAACUCUAUUUACUAUAAUUGCAAGUACCCUGUGGACAUCAAGACGUCGGUUCUGGUGGUCCGCGGCAAGCCCGAGCUGGUCACACUGGACUACUGUAUAGACGCCACGGAGGACGGAGACAUCAACGACAGGAGUGAGUUCCGGCUCUGCUACUACCCGCACAAGCUCGGCAAAUUCACAGAGAUGCUGGACGAGGCUUUCGGCAAAAACGCCAAGCACGAAAUAUACGGAGACUUCCUGCCACUCGGCAAAGUCAAAACCCCCGCCUUCUACAUACACGUGCUGCAGAAACCAAAGAAUUAGUUUGUAGGUUUAUUUGUUAAUUUUAUGAUUACGGAAAUUUCAUGUGUUGAAUAAAUUAUAUUUUAUGUUGAUUAUUUUUAUUA